AUGACGGAUCUGGAAAGCUACUACCUGACGGAGGAGCCGCAAGUAAUUUGUGGAUUGACGGUUCCUUCUAUUGUUGAAGACUUCGUGGAGGAUUAUCCCUCAACGGUGGAACGUUUUUUCACCCGUUACUACUAUGUGCAACCGGGAAAGGAGAACGAGCCUCUCCAGGUGCUGUUCCACUCGAACCGGAUCUGUUUGAUUGGUCUGGCUUCGGAGCAUGAGGCGCUCGCCAAAGGGAUUCAGUCGGUUACGUUCGAAGUGGGACGGAUAGAUCGCAGCGAGAACCAGGUAAGUGGGAAGAAAAAGAGCGGCGGGAUGAUUGUGCAGAUGGAUUCAACGAUGGCCCUGAUCACCUGCGAGGAUGGAAGUGUGUACAAAGUGCGGGGUUGUGUCCAAGGAAAGUUGGUCGAAGUGAAUAAGCGGUUGGUGGAGAAUGCAAAUUUAUUGCGCGAGGAAGGUGUUGGGUAUGUGGCGGUUAUUAUGCCUAAACCGGAGCAGUGUGAAGCAAUCAAGAAGAAGCUAAUGUCCCGAGAAGAGUAUGAUGAGAAAUACCGUAAGCCAACGAUUAGUGAAUAAGACUGGCAGGAAAUUAA